UAGUUUCAGAUUUUCCCUAUCAAAAAUCACCAGGUCGUCAAUGUGACCAUUCUCAGUCCUCCCUCGGUUCCGAUUAGACUUUAGACUUUGAGCCACGUUUGAAGGACUGUUACGAAUUUAUCAUUGGCAUCGAUUAAAACGAAUUAAGCGGAAAUAGUUGCAUAGCGUUAGCCGUUUUCGUUGCGUAAAGAAUGGCGCGUGUGCUCGUAGGUGUGAAGAGAGUAAUCGAUUAUGCAGUGAAGAUUCGCGUCAAGCCGGACAAGUCCGGGGUGGUCACAGAUGGCAUUAAGCAUUCGAUGAACCCCUUCGACGAGAUAGCCAUCGAGGAGGCGGUCAGAAUGAAGGAGAAGAAAUUAGCCCAGGAAAUAAUAGCGGUCAGCUGCGGGCCGGCGCAGUCGCAGGACACAAUCAGGACUGCGCUCGCGAUGGGCGCAGAUCGUGGAAUUCACGUGGAGAUAUCGGGUCCCGAGUACCAGACGUUGCAGCCCGUUCACAUCUCCAAGAUACUGGCCAAGCUGGCGCAGGAGGAGAAGGUGGAUCUGGUGAUACUUGGUAAACAGGCCAUAGACGACGAUAACAAUCAAACCGCGCAGAUGACCGCUGGCGUCCUGGAUUGGCCGUCCGGCACUUUCUGCAGCAAAAUCGAGAACAACAACGGCGAGCUGACUGUUACGCGCGAGAUUGACGGUGGGCUGGAAGUGGUCAAGAUGAAGACCCCUGCGGUCCUGAGCGCCGAUCUUCGCCUAAAUGAACCGCGUUACGCGACACUGCCGAAUAUUAUGAAGGCCAAGAAGAAACCGAUCAAGAAGAUCACUCCGAAGGACCUUGGAGUAGACGUGGCGCCGAGAAUCGAGAUACUCACGGUAGAGGAUCCGCCAGUCAGGCAGGCCGGUGCUAUAUUACCGGACGUGGACACUCUGAUAGCUAAAUUGAAAGAAAGCGGUCACGUUUAGUCAAGUAGUGGAACCAUUGUAAAAAGGACGAAAGUUAUCUUUUUAACUCUUCUUAUAUUUUGAUAACUCGUUUUGUAUAUAGUAUAAUGCUUUUGUACAUCAUCAGAAAUUGUAUACGAUAUAUAUUUCGAUAUAAAUUUGUACCGCGGUGCGCGUGCGCGCUUAUAAGGAGAGAAGAAAUUUAAAUAC